AUGAAAAUGAAGAAAAUUUUUCCUUCAAAUACUUAAAACUAUAACUCAGUUCCUCAAUUCGAAUAAGAUAAUGCUACUGUGCUAAGGAUGUAUCAAUCAACGAUUUCUAAACCUCCCCUUUCCGUUGUUCCUAGCGAGGCCAGUCAAACUUAUUACUAAAUCAUCGAAAAAAAUAAAUUGUAAUACCUUGAAUACUACAAUCAAUUCAACGAAAUGAGAUUCAUGGAAAACAUGGCAGGCUUAAAAUCAAGAUAGCAAAAAUAAGUUCUUUUAGAAAAUUUUCUCAAUAUGUUUGAUGAUAUGAUCUCUUGCCUCGUCGUUAUCUAAAAUACUCUGCUUCUCAUUAACUUUGAUCAACCCGAUUUUCAAUAAAUUUAUAAUAUUACUCCAAGCACAAUGGCUGACAUAUUAUUUAAAGACAUUAAGACUUUAGAAGGGCUUCAUUUGGAAAUACAAUUCUCUUCGUCUCUUCGAUUUUUAGAAACAGUGUUGGAGGCUCUUGAAUUCAACCCAGAGCACUCCAACAAAAUACAUUAAUUGGAUGUAAAAUAAUGGUCUCAAAAGUGUUAUAAUCAUCUCAAUAAUUUCAUGAUUGCUCAAUAACAAAUUAAAAAUUCUUAACGAUCCUGUUGUUGCUUUAAAUGA